GAUUGUGCAUUUUAUUAAUGGCUGCCAGACACGACGUACAUUGUGAAUUUAUGGCUUAAGCUUAAAUCAAGACUGAUAAAAUGGGAAAGUUAAAUGUUUCUCUACUUCGUUAUAUGUCUAAGGAUGACUUCAGAGUUCUGACAGCUGUUGAAAUGGGUAUGAAGAAUCAUGAGCUCGUUCCUGCUCCUUUGAUAGCUUCAAUAGCUAGUCUCAAACAUGGUGGAUGCCAUAAGCAUUUGAAAGAACUGACAAAAAAUAAACUUUUAUCUUAUGAACGUGGAAAAAGAUAUGAUGGCUAUAGAUUGACAUUCAUGGGCUAUGAUUACCUGGCUCUUCGUGUUCUAUCUAACAAAAAUGUAGUUAUGUCUGUUGGGAAUCAGAUAGGUGUUGGCAAAGAAUCAGAUAUAUACAUUGUUGCUGAUGAAGAUGGGAAAGAGAUGGUCCUGAAAAUUCAUAGGUUAGGUAGAACAUCAUUCCGCAGAUUGAAAGAAAAACGAGACUAUCACAGACACAGACAUAAAGCAUCAUGGAUUUACCUAUCAAGAUUAGCAGCAGUAAAAGAGUUUGCAUUUAUGAAGGCAUUGUAUGAGAGAGACUUCCCUGUACCAAAACCAGUUGACUUCAACCGACACUGUGUGGUCAUGGAAAUGGUUAAAGGAUAUCCAUUAUGUCAAGUCCACCAUGUUGCUGACCCUCCAAUCUUGUAUGACGACUUAAUGAACCUGCUUGUGCGAUUAGCCACUCAUGGACUUAUACAUGGAGAUUUCAAUGAGUUUAACAUCAUGCUUGAUGAAAAGGACCAUGCUACAUUAAUUGACUUUCCUCAGAUGGUAUCCACAAUGCAUCCUAAUGCUGAAUGGUAUUUUGAUCGUGAUGUGGCUUGUGUUCGGGAGUUUUUUAAGAAACGGUUUGACUUUCAAAGUGAGCUUUAUCCAAUUUUUGCGGACAUACAACGGGAAGACACCCUAGACUUUAGCACAGCAGCAAGUGGUUUUUCCAAAGAACUCCAAGAGGAUUUAGAAGAGGCUAUUCAAUUAAUGAAUGAAGAUGAGGUUGGAAAUGAUAUAGAAGAGAAUGAUAUGUCUGAAAUAGCACAGGAAGAAGAUGAACCAAAUUAUUGUAGUAAUACACCUGCACAAAUAAAUAUUGAAAACCUUCCAAAACAUGGUUCUAUGAUGCAGAAGUUUUUAGAAGAGGCUCAUCAAACUGAAUUAGAGGAUGAUGCACCAAUAUUAAUUGAUGAUAAUAGCAUUGAUGAAAGCUUUGAGAUUCUGAAGAUAGAAACCCAAAGUAAAAUUUCAAAAGAUAAUCAGGAAAUGAACACUGACAAUUCGGAAGUAAAUGAAGUAGAAAAAGAAAGAAGUCUACAAGAUCAUGCAAAAGAAACCAAUAGCCAAGUAGGAGGAUGUGCUCAAAGUGUUAUUUACAGUGUCACAAGUACAGCAACAAUUGCACCAGAAGAAAUUCGAAAUCGGGUGAAGAAACAUAUAAGGAAACGAGAAAUAUCUCAAGGACACAGGAUGAGAGUAAAAGGAGAGGCAAAUUCCGUGAAUAGGAAUCGAAGGGAAAAUAGAGAUGCCAUUAAGCAAACUCUUUCAGGUUUCUGGUGUGAAUGAAAACAAUCUUUAUUAUUCUAAUUGUCUUGUCUUCAAGGGCUGAUAAAUAAAAUUUAUGAGAGCCAUAUAAAAUAUUAGUAAACUGAAUAUGUUGAAAAAUUAUACAUUCUACCUGUAUGAAUAAUACCAUAAUUAAAAUCUUUGUUCUGUUCUGAGUAAAUAUUUGGUUCGAAACUGAUUA